AUGCGAGACGCGAGCGGGAUGCGACGCCCCGGGCGGUCGGUGACGAUGCGCCCCGGAACGAACAGCCGGAACGACGUCGAUAUUCGAGAGACGCUGCUGGCGCGGUCGUCGAAUCUCGGUGAAAUCGACGCGGGGUUCGCCGAAUCUGACGUCGCGGGUUUCUCCGCGCGCGCGCGCGUGGCGCACGACAAGGGGACGAAGAAUGCGCGCCGGUGCCUCGCGACGAUGAUCGUCGCGCUCGUCGCGAUCGGGUUCUUGCGCCCGAUGUACGGCCCGUACAUCGACCGCUUCGGCGACGGCGGGGACAUCACGAACUUCUUCUCGAAAGUCGAGUCGGUCGUCGAGGAGAGAAUACAGCGGUACGGCUUGAAGGUGCAACAGCGCACGUGGGGGAGCUCGCGGGGGUGGCGCGGGCACGGGAACGGGUUCCGAGAGGGCGACGGGUAG